AUGGGUGCUGCUUGUCAAUGUUAUCAACAAGGCUCUGAUACUUAUUACAAUUAAGAAACCCAAUGGCAUAUUCCUAUAUCAAAAGAGCUUAGACCAAAACCAAUAAAUACUAGUAUUAAGCAUGACUUAAGGGCUAAUUAUCUGGACCUAGAUUGUCAAUACUGCAAUAGGCCCUAAAUGAGAGAAAUGGGUGCUUAAACCCAUGUUACAUUUUGUAACAUAAGUCAAUGUGUCACUUAAAAAAAAAAGAAUAAAACUCAGAAAAAAUAGAAGUCAUAGAAAUGCAAGGACAAAGCAAGUUUUGAGAAUUCUGAAUCAAGUAAACAAAGAUCGGCUAGUCACUCUAGCUAAACCUAAAAUAUACUCUUUUUAUAUUAAUCUUUAAAAAGCUAGGGAAGGAAAUAUUAACAAUAAAAAUUUUAGCCUUAUGAGGUAUUGGUUAACUCUCAAAAAGUAUCACCUUCCCUUGUAGAAUAGCUUUGA